AUGAGUACAUUAGAGAGUCAUUCAUGCCCUCUUGGAGAUCAUGAAAUCAGACAUCUUCAAAAAUUCAGUUAUGUUGAAUCUUCGUCAUAUACUCACUAUAUGUCUAGGUCUACAAGUUUUAAAUCAAGAUUUGAAGAAGAUAAUUUUUGGAAUUUUCAUAUGAAGAUUGACUUACCAUAUUUUAAUGGCAUUUGAAGAUUGAAGAGUUCUUAAAUUGGUUAGUUGAAGUAGAACGAUUCUUUAAGUAUAUGAAAAUUUCUAAUGAAAAAUAAGUAAAGUUAUUGGCUUAUAAAUUGAAGGGUGGAGCCUUUGCUUGGUGGGAUCAAUUAUAAAUCACACGUACAAGGUCAAGAAAGAACCUAUACCAUCAUGGGAGAAAAUGAAGAAACUCUUGAAAUCUCAUUUUCUUCCCCAAGAUUAUGAACAAAUUUUAUAUCAACAUUAAAAAAAUUGUAAACAAGAAAAUAAAUCAGUUUUAGAUUAUGCUGAAGAAUUUUAUUAUUUAUCUUCUCAAAUUAACUUGACAAAAUCUGAGUUAUAUAUGAUUUUAAGAUUUAAAGGUGAUCCUAGAUGAGAAAUGGAAGAUAAAGUAGCUUUACAAUUAUUUUCUAAGCUUAAUGAUAUCGUAAUGGUUGUAGAGCAUGUUGAAGAGUUAUUACAGAAAGGAAAAACCAAAAUUUGA